AAAAAGUUAGGGACGGCACAACUGUCUGCUAACAAAUACGAUCUUUAUAUAACUUCUAAGCCACAUCUUGUAGAUCACCACAACAAUUUCUUUCUUGCCUUUACUGUUCAAGUAACACAAAAAAUGUCAACCUUUGACUUUACUGACUUACCUGAGGAUUGUAUUUCAUACAUCCUAACUUUGUCAUCUCCAAGUGAUGUUCUCCGAUCAUCCGCCGUGUCCAAGCAGUUGUUAAUGGUUUCGGAAUCCGAUUCUGUUUGGGAUAACUUUCUUCCUUCUGAUUGUUAUGACAUCAUUUCUAGAUCACCUGCGCCUUUUUCGGAUUUCAAAUCUAAGAAAGACCUGUUUCUCCAUCUCUGCAAUACGCAUGUCUUCUUGAAUGAAAACACCCUGAGCUUUAGUUUGGAUAAAAGGAGCGGGAAGAAAUGCUACAUGUUGAGUGCCAGAGCCUUGAAAAUUGAAUGGGCAGACACUCUUCAAUACUGGUCUUGGUUUUCUAUGCCUGAAUCCAGGUUUCCAGAGGUAGCUCAACUGCAGGAAGUAUGCUGGUUAGACAUAGUAGGAGAAAUUAACACUAAAUUGCUGACCCAAAAUACAACUUACGGUGCGUAUUUACUAUUCAAGGUAGAUAUUGACAGUUUUCGAGGAUUCAACAAUCCAGAAAUGAAGGUGUUAUGUGUAUGUGAGAGUGAUAAUAAACAAGAAUCAUCUGUUAAGCAUUCUGAUCUGGAAGAAGAUCGUAGACUAUCUCAGAAAGAUGUUUUGAUAAAGAGAGAUGAUGGAUGGAUGGAAAUUGAGAUGGGUAGAUAUAAAGUGGGUUCAAUGGGUAAUGGAGAUGAUAAAGUAAAGAAUUUGCAGAUGAUUAUGAGGGAAAGUAAAGAACUUCAUUGGAAGAGUGGUCUCAUUGUUCAAGGUAUUGAAAUCCGUCCAUUGGAUUGAUUUAUUUAACUAAACGGCCCGUUUGGUUAGUAGUAUUAAAUGGUGGUAAUAAAAAUGAUAUAUAGUGUGUAAUUUUAUCAAACGUUUUAUAUCAUUCCCAUGAUGAUGAAACUUUGAUUACAAACAUGUUUUUUUUCUUAAAAAUUUUCAUUACCACCUAAUAUCACAUCUCCCAAUGGUAAUGCAUUAAAAAGAAUUUUAUGAAAAAAAAAAAUGAGAUGAUUAAAGUUGGACAAGUAUGGCCAUCAA